GCUCACCCCGCGGGGGAGGAGCAGGAGCGGCGGCGGCGCCGUGCGGGGACCGGGCAAGGACGCGGCAAGGGCGGCCAUGGCCGGCUCCAAACCGCUGUCCCGCUUCUGGGAGUGGGGCAGGAACAUCGUGUGCGUGGGGCGCAACUACGCGGAGCACGCCAAGGAGAUGGGCAGCGCCCUGCCCGCCGAGCCGCUCUUCUUCCUCAAGCCCUCCUCGGCCUACGUGCGGGAGGGGUCCCCGAUCGUGCGGCCCUACUACUGCCGGAACCUGCACCACGAGGUGGAGCUGGGGGUGGUCAUCGGCCGCAGGGCGCAGGCCGUGCCGCAGGACGCGGCCAUGGGGCACGUGGCGGGCUAUGCCCUGUGCCUGGACAUGACGGCCCGCGACACCCAGGAGGAGUGCAAGAAGAAGGGGCUGCCCUGGACCUUGGCCAAGGGGUUCGGCUCCUCCUGCCCAGUCAGUGACUUCGUGCCCAAGGAGAAGAUCGCAGACCCGCACAAGCUGCAGAUCUGGCUGAAGGUGAACGGGAAGAUGAGGCAGGAGGGGGACACCUCGUCCAUGAUCUUCUCCAUCCCUUACCUGAUCAGCUACAUCAGCCACAUAUUCACCUUGGAAGAAGGGGACUUGAUUCUCACGGGGUCUCCCAAAGGAGUGGGGUCGGUGGAGGCCAACGAUGAGAUCGAGGCGGGGAUCAAGGACGUGCUGUCCAUGAGGUUCAAGGUGGCACAGGGCACGGAUCCCCGGAGCCCAAAGGGUGUUUGACUGCCACAGCCCCAUUUCCAUGGAGGCUACAGCACAGCUGGAGUGAGGCCCAGCCUGGAGCAGGUGGAGCCCAGUAGCUCCAAAUUCCAAAUUUUAAUUCCAAAACCGUACCUGGGAACUGGCAACGGAGACAUUGGAGAGGGGAAUGGGCCUGGCUGUCCUUCUGCAUGUGCUUCUCUUCUGCUGAUGCUUUGAGUAUUGCCUUAAAAUAAAAAUGACUGAUCAAAACAA